AUGCAGAGCUUCUGGCAGAUAGAAAAUAAUUUCGUGGACAUCAAACCAAAUAUAGAGGAUGAUAUUUGUGAACAACAUUUUAAGAAAAAUACCAUUCGUCUUGAUUCGGGUGAAUAUUCCGUACGACUGCCCAAAAAGGAAAAUUGCCGUGAUCUCGGGAGCUCAUAUGAUCAAGCCCUUCGACGCUUUUUGGUUCUUGAAAAGAAGCUUAGCAAACAAGUUGAGUUAAAACAAAUGCACGUGCAGUUUAUGAAAGAGUACUCAACUUUAAAUCAUAUGUCGCCAGUCCCAUCUCUGCCAAAUAACACUCCAACAUUCUUUUUACCUCAUCAUUGCAUACGUAAAGAAGACAGCACAACAACAAAGCUGCGUGUUGUGUUUGACGGUUCGGCAAAAACAACAUCAGGUUUAUCAUUGAAUGAUACACUCUACGCUGGCCCAACAAUUCAACCAAAACUUUUUGAGACUUUACUUCGGUUUCGAUUUUUUAAAGUCGCUCUAAGUGGUGAUAUUUGCAAGAUGUACCGUUGUGUACGAGUGUCUAAUCCCGACAAUUACCUCCAAUGUGUGCUCUGGAGAAAUGAUCCAUCUGAAGAUAUAAAAGUGUACAAAUUGGACACAGUUACUUAUGGCACUAAACCAGCAGCGUUCCUGGCAAUUAGAUCAAUGCAUCAACUUUCGCAUGAUGAAGAAACUUCAUACCCAUUGGGAGCUAAAAUUGUAAGGCGCGAUUUUUACGUUGAUGAUCUAAUUACUGGAGGUAACACUAUUGAAGAAGUUCUGGAUAUUAGACAACAAGUCAGUGAUUUGUUGAAAAGGGGUAAUUUUGAAAUACGGAAAUGGUGCUCAAAUUAUUUGGAUGUAUUGACGGGAGUGCCACUAGCCGAUUGUGAGCAGUUUUUAAAAUUUCAUGAUGGUACCGAUAUCACCAAAACCUUAGGCUUAAUGUGGGAUCCAAAAGCUGAUAAUUUAAUUUUUACGUUCAAGCCUACUCAGGAAUCAUGCACUGUAACCAAACGAACGGUGUUAUCGUGUAUCGCAAGGCUUUAUGACCCAUUGGGUUUAAUAGGUCCGAUAAUAUCAAAAGCAAAGGUUAUAAUGCAAUGCUUAUGGCAGAGGAAUCUACAAUGGGAUGAAAGUUUGCCACAAGAUUUACACACUGUAUGGUCAAGAUUUGUUUCACAAUUUUCAAAACUGCAUAAAUUUGUAUUUCCUCGUUUCGUUUCGGUAUCAAAUUCCACUAUACAAAUUCAUGCAUUUUGCGAUGCUAGCCUGUCUGCUUACGGUGCAUGCGUGUAUGCUCGAUCAGAAUACAAUGGCGAAGUUACCACUCAUCUGCUAUGUUCGAAAUCUAGAGUGGCACCAUUGAAGGCGUUGACUGUGCCAAAGUUAGAAUUGUCUGCUGCGUUGCUGCUGGCAGAGUUAUUGGAAAGUGUCUCAAAGGUCUUGUCGAACGAUAUGGAAUAUCAUUGCUGGUCGGAUUCAAUGGUGGUUCUGUCGUGGAUUCGUCAACAUCCAUCGAAAUUUAAUAUUUUCGUCUCGAAUCGGUUACAGGAGCGCAACAAAUGGCGAACGCAUUCAGCGAGUGUGAAAGAAGGUCAAAUGGUUUUGCUAAAAGAUGAAAAUUUGCCACCUCAGAAAUGGCAGCUAGGUCGUGUUCUGGAAACAAUACGCGGAAAGGAUGAUGUGGUUCGUGUUGCUAUCAUCAAAACCAGUAGUGGAACAUGUCGACGAGCUGUAACUAAGCUAGCUGUAUUGCCUAUUGAAGAUGAUUCUGUUGAAAGUUUAAAACUUCCAACGGGGGGAGGAUGUACGGUGAAUAAGCAGUCGGUGUAUGCCAACACAAAAUAA